UUUAUAGGCUAUUUUACAAAACGAUUUAGAAAGAAUCUUUGAUUAAGUUUGACAAACACUUCGCACAAUUAUAUAGAAAUUUUAUAAACAUUGCACGUAAUAAUACAGAAAUAUUUUAUGGAAUUUUUUAUGUAAUGUUUAUUCUAUACUAUUUUGUAAUAUUAUAUGAAAUAUUUAUGUAAUAUGUCAUGAUACAUUUCAUAGUAGUCUUUAAUUCGGUAUGGAAUUCGAAUGCCAAAGUAUACAACAUUAUACAAGUUAUAUACAGUUUAUGUAUAUGAAAAUAAAAAAUGAAUUGAUACAUUUAUAAUUGUAAAUAAAGUGUAUACAAAUAUUUUAAAUUCCUAAACAUAUAAAAAAAUUGUCAUCACAGAACAGAAAUACACACUUUAAUACACUUUUGUUCAGUUCAUGCAUUUGUAUUCAUUUAUAUUUGUUUGUAUAUACUUUUUUAUCCUCACUAAGGAAUUGUUAAUAUGAAUGACCGCACAGAUUUAGAAUAGGCCAUAUUUACAUAAUGCACAAUCCCAUACACAUACAUAUUUUUUAUUUUUAUAAGCGUUAAAAUAAUGCAUCUAGUCUAGAUAUUGAAAAUUCUUUGUAAUUUUAUAUUUUAGAGGUUAGGAGAAUGACGGUAUAGAUAGACAAAAAUACGCUAUGCGCGGACGCAGUAGCUCUCUUAUUGAUUGAACAGUGUAGUAAUACGUUGUGUACUGUGUCAUUGAUUCAGAGCUUGGCUGGCGAAAAACAGUUCUCCGGAUCAAAAUCAUCGCUAAAAAACAAAAGGUAUAAAUACGAAACCAUGCAAAAUUUCGGGCACGAGGAAUAUGAUUACAAGGCAGAGACAUACGAUAAUGAAAGUAUUUCAACUAGUCAAAAUUUACCUCAAGUGCCUGGAGCACGACCUAUUGUAAAUCCAGAAGCUGAAGGCACUGUUGACCCUAGUAUAUAUCCUCAACCAAAAGAAGCAACGCACAAAAUACGCGGUAAAAAUGAUUUUAUCGAGUAUCUCUUUGGUGCUGUAGACCAAGAGCUUCUCACUGUCAAGACGUUUUACUUUUUUUUCUACUCAGCAUUUGGCUCACUUUUUCCACUUAUGGGCGUUUAUUUUAAACAAAUGGGCAUGAAUGCUGGUCAGUGCGGGCUACUGAUUGGUUUAAGACCAUUUAUAGAAUUCUUUAGUGCGCCGUUUUGGGGUUCAUGGGCUGACAGGUGGCAGAAAGGUAAAUUAAUUCUUUUGGCCUCCUUGUCUUGUUGGAUCAUCUUCACGCUACCUCUUGGUUUUAUUCAACCUCCAGCUACAUCGUGUAUGCUUUAUAAAAAUCAUACAAAUUAUUUAUACAUACCGGAUGCUGACCAAAAAAUGGUCAAAAGAUCCUUAGACAAUCAACUUUCACCAGAAAUAUUCAUUACAGACACAAAAUUUAGAACAGUUAAUAACAUUUCAUUUAAUCAAUUACAUCUAAAAGAAAAUGAAAUUCCAAACACUUCAAGAUAUAUUGAAGAUAAUGAGUUUAAUAGUGAUAAUGCGAUCCAUACAAAUAUAGAGGUAAAGGAAUUCCAUGAAAAUAGAAAACUUGCUGAUAUACCCUUACUAGAUACAAAUUUAAAGAAUAAAUUUACCUUUAACGACCCAAUAAUUGGAAAAUCAUCAAUAAAAAAUUUGGACAUUUCAACUAAAGACGAUUCUUUUCAAGACAAACAAAACGUUGAAAAUGAUAAAAUGCCACUUUACCGAUUACAAAAAUGGAACGAUUUUAUAAUAAAAAUUCACAAAACAAGAAAAUUAUUAAAUACAGAAGAUAAUAGAUUGGCAUACGGAAAUUAUCAAAAUAUUCAAGAUCGACCAAUUAUUUUUGAUGAAGAAAAGAAUAUUUUUAAUCAGAACGCUGUUGGAUAUACGUCAGAUGACGAAGAGAUAUUUUUUAGAUAUCGUCGAAGUACAAAACAAGUCUCUGUUGGUCAAAGUCCAGUGUCAGUUAGUUAUGCUAUAAAUUAUAAGGAAAAAGAACACAAAGGGUGGGUCAAACCAGUGUUUAGUUCAAUUGUCUAUAGAUUACCAGAUAUACAAAAAACUUUUUUCUUACUUUUACUGCUAGUUAUUGUUGGAGAAUUCUUUUCUGCCCCAGCUAUAACGUUAGCAGAUUCUGCUGUUAUAACACUCCUUGGUGAAGAUGCUGACAGAUAUGGUCAUCAGCGUAUGUUUGGAAGCCUUGGUUGGGGACUAGCAAUGUUCUUUGUUGGAAUCGCUUUAGAUCAUAGUACGGCUUUUCCUGAUCAUCCAUGUGGACCUGAUACAAAAGAAAAAAAUUAUACUAUUUGUUUUGCAAUAUUUAGUGUGUUAAUGGGCGCCGCAUUAAUUACAGCAACGCAAAUAAACUUUAAAUAUGACCCCGUUACAGCAGAACCUGAUGCAGAAAAAUCUCCAACAGAACCAACAAGAGAAGAACAGUUACAAAGUCAACUUUCUCAACAGUUAAACCUUCCAGGCUUACAAGAAACAUCAUCUACUAUGAGACCGAAAACACAACCACUGGAGGGCAAGACUAAAAUGUUUGCACAAACAACACGAGAAAUUCCGGAGUGGGUGACUAUACUUCAGCAAUUUAAAGAUCUUAAAUGUGCUUCAUUCCUCUUUGUUGCUUGGUUCAUGGGAUUUGGCAUUGGUCUUAUUUUUACAUUUUUAUUCUGGCAUCUUCAAGACUACGGUGGUACACCAACUUUAUUUGGUGUUGCUUCAGUUAUAAAUCAUAUUUCUGAGAUUUUUGCCUACUUCUUUAGUUUCAAACUUAUUCGACAGAUUGGUCACGUUAAGGUUCUUUGUCUUGGAUUAAGUGGAAACGUCAUAAGAUUUUUAUACAUUUCAUGGUUGAAGAAUCCUUGGUGGGUAUUACCAUUUGAAUUCAUGCAAGGAAUAACCCACGCCGCUGUAUGGGCCGCAUGCUGUAGUUAUAUUGCACAUAAUACACCAACGCAUCUUCGAUCGAGUGCACAGAGUGUAUUGCAAGGUUUACAUCAUGGUCUAGGUAGAGGUUGUGGAGCUGUCAUUGGUGGAAUGUUUGUAGCUAUGUAUGGUACCACUGCAACUUUUCGGGCAUAUGGGUUGAUUUGUUUAAUAGUGCUGGCAGUAUUUAUAUUUAUAAAUUUUUAUCGCAAAGACACUGGCUUUGUAUCAGAUUUGCCUCAAACAGAAGACCCUCAUCAAGUUGCAGAAGUCACACAUUUAGCUCCUCAUGGAGUCCCAAGCAAUGCUAUUCCUAGAGCACUGAGUUCAAAUCGUCUUAACGAACUUACUAGUCAAGAUCUAAAUUAUGGAGCUACUCAUCAAACUAGUGGUGGUAAUUUAAACGUUCCCGGAGGAAACGGAGGCAAUCCACACAAUCCAUUUCUGAAUAAUUCCAAUCAAAGAGAAUUAAAUUAUAGUAUAACAAGUCAAGGAAAUGAUGAAUUUAUACGCAGAAGCUUCCAGAGCUACAACGAAAUAUUAAAUGCUGAUUUUGGGAACAUUAAGAUACCACAAUUACAGACCCAUGUACAUGCACAGCAGCCAUGUACCAAUCCAUUUCACCAGCAUAAUUACGAUUGGUAACGAUGCCAACUAAAAAAUUUACCUUUUUUAUUGCAUAAGUAUUCAGGAGCAAAAGGCAAUGAAUGUUAUCACAAAGUUCUCUGGUAAAAAUUAUAGAAAAGUUAGCGAAAUAAAAUGCUGUGUGAUUUAGGUGUUUUUUUUUUCUAGGCAAAUAAAAUUAAUUUUUGGUAAGUUUUAAUCUCACUAUUUAUGUCACAAAUGCCUUCAACUAGAUGAUCCAAAAAUUAUUUUUUGUAACACAUGCACGAUUUUCGCGUUUUUUGACCUAAAAUUAGGGACAAAAGUAGUUAUUUUCCGACCAGCGGGCGCAUAAAUACUUUUGCGCCCGCUAAUUUCGAGGAGCCGGCGUAAAAGUACUUUUGCGCCCGCUGUUACCGGGCGCUAUAAGUAUUUUUGCGCCCGCUACACAAUUCAUUGGCAAAUUUUCUAAACUUGCAAGAAAUUCAAGUGCAGUUUGAAACGCGAUAAUCAAAACAUGCGUUACAAAAAAUAUGGUGUGCACCAAAGACUAAGCGGGCUUUUUGGCAUCGUGUGGUUGCAGUACUUCUCUGCGGCUCGGGCUAACUCGACUUGACUUGUACUGCCAACUCCACACUCGGCCUAAAAAAGACCACUUUACGCCCUUGGUACGCAAUAUACUAUUUACACUCGAUUUUGGCAUAUUGUUUUUUAAAUCUAUUUUUUAUUCUAAUAUUAUUAAUAAACCUGUACUUAAUACUCAAUAGUUGUAGUAAAUAAUAUAGUUUCUGAUUUUCGUAAGACAUGGGCGAAACCAUGAUACUACUACGAACUUUGUUCGAUUUUUCAAAACGUGAAAACUAUUCUACUCAUUAACAUUUUUUUAAUGAUUAUUUUUUAUUUUAAAGUCAAAAUAAUAAGAUAAUAUUCAUAAAAAAGGUGGUUCAAGCACUUACAGUAAAAAUAUUUAGUGUAUUUAUGUAAUUGUUAAUCAUUUUAAAUUAAGGUCAGAGAAAUAUACAUAAAUUAUGAUUGAUAAAUUUCAAAACUGUGAUAUACUCUAGGGACAAAAUAGCUUUAAAUAUUCUUGAUUUCGUAAAUUUCCCGUGAUUACAUGUCAUGACACUGUACCGCAUUUUUUUUGAGGGAGGGGGGCUAGACCAAAUUGAAAUUUUUUCGCAAAGAUGAGAUAAGAUCCUAUAAACGAUUUUAUGUAAGAUCUGGUUUAAGAUCUUGUCCAAGAUCCUAUAAAAUCUUAUCAUUGAUUUUUAACCAUGAACCAACGUAAAAUCUCACAUGAGAUUUGAUAUAAGAUCUUACUUUCAUAAUAAGAAAAAUUAUCUUUAUCAAAUAUUUAUUCAAGAUCUUACCUAAGACCGUGUACAAGAUUUUGCACAAGAAAGUAUAUUCGAUCUUUUACAAGUUCUUACAUAAGAUCUUACAUAAGUUCCUUUGUAAAAACUUGUUCGUUAAUGAUUUACUUAAGUUUACGUAUAAGAUAUUGAGUCAAUUGUCAAAAAAAGGGUUUUUCUGUAAGUGUAACAUCCCUGGUGAAAUUAUUGACGUGAUUUUGUGAUGUAUUAAAAUUAUGUGUUUCUUUAUGUAAUUUUGAUAUGUGAUUUGUAAAGUCAGUUUGUUAUGCAUUGAUUUUGAAUGUUUUAUUACGUAAUUUUAUGGCUUUUUUAGAAAAAUUGGAAUAUUUCAGCUUCAUGAAAUAUUUUUACGUGAUUUUAGUAUGUCAUUGAAUUACAUAAAUAUUUAGUUCUAAAUACUUACUACUAAAUACUCUCAAAUACUUUAAAUUUGUUAAAACGAGUGGCCAUAUAGGUACUACUAUGCGGAUGGUAGUGCCGAAAAUGAGGGCUAAUAAGUGAUGAAUAUUAUUUUCUUAUAUUCUGUAAUUUAGUGAAAGAAUUAAAAAUGAUUAAUUUCUAAGUCAUAAGCCCUUAUUUUCUGCACUAUCAUCCGCAUGGUAGUACCUAUAUGGCCACUUAUUUUAAUACAUUUAAAGUAUUUAAUAAGAGUAUAAUUAUUUCGAACUAAAUAUUUAUGUAAUUAAAUAACAUACUAAAAUCACGUAAAAAUGUUUCAUGAAGCUGAAAUAUUUUAAUUUUUCUAAAAAGUCAUAAAAUUACGUGAUGAAACGUUUAAAAUCAAUACAUAAUAAACUGACGACACAAAUCACGUAUCAAAUUACAUGAAGAAAUACGUAAUUUCAAUUUCUAUGUAACUUCUGAUAUAAGAUCUUUUGUAACACCAAAAGAAAAACCUUUUCAUUGAUAAUUUACUGAAGAUCUUAUGCAAGAUCUUCUGUAAGAUUUUGAGUGAAAUUUAAAAAAAAAUUGUUUUUAAAGUAAAACAUAAGUUUUAACAUAUGAACUUGUGUAAGAUCUUGUGUAGAAGAUGAAUUUUCUUAUCAUGAAAAUAAUAUCCGUAUGAAAUUUUAUUUAAGUUCUUAAGUAGGUUCGUGGUUGAAAAGGAUAAGAUCUCGUGUAGAAUCUUGAACAGAAUCUUAUACCAGAUCUUUGUUCGUGCGAUCUCAUCUCAGAUCUUGCAAAAAAUUUGCAAUAGGGGGAGCCGCUGUAAGUUAACGUAUCGGAGCGAACAUGUGUGUACAAAUAUUACCGGCAAAUCAAGAACCUUUGACAUUAUUUUGUCCCCUUAGUGUAUUUUACUAAAGUACUCAACAACAUCUGCUAGACUUGUAUUAUAUCAGAUUUAUAACGUUUUUUUUUAAGUUCGCAAUCUUUAAGGAUUUUAAUUAGUAGAAUAAUCUUAUUGGCAUUAUUACUGAGUAAGAUUUUCGUAAUUGAUUUAGGAAUAAUAUCGUUUUUUUAUUACUAGCUUUAAUAUUUUUCAACUCCAACCAUUGGGUAUAAGUUUUAUGUCAUACCAGAUUCAUAAGAAAAAAUGAAUUCUGUGAAAAGUUUGUUUAUAUAAAACUAACACCAAAACUGCAAAUUUUAAAAAAGAUAUUUUUGUAUAAUACCUGUGUGAAAAUAGUUUUACAUUUUUGAAAUGGUAAAAUUAGAAGUAGCUAAUCCAAAAAUGUAAGAUAGCUACUUACCAAAAAUUAAUUUCUACUACUAUCAGAAAUUAUGAUCAUACAGUGUUUUAGUGGAAUUUUAUUUUUGGAUUAAACUAUAUUCUGCAGUACGUUUUGAGGCAUACACUUUAUCUAUCACACACUGAAUAAACUGCGUAAAUAAUAAAGAUUUGUAAUUAGGUUAGUAUAAUGGAGAGAAUUUAAAGUGUGUUUUUGAAUUUAAAGUUCUUGUUUUAUUUCUAAUAUUUUAAGGGUUGUUAUGUUUUAAUAUACAAUAGGCUAUUAUGUUGUUCUAAGUUGGUGACUAGGGCAGUUAUAUUCUGUUACGAAAAUAAUGAAUAAUUAGAUUUUAUCGAAUACAUAUCAUGAUCUAAUGAAAAUAAAUUUGAUGAUUCAUCAAUAGUUCCAACAUAAGCAAAAAUUAGUGAUUAUGUUGUAUGUUAAAAGAAAAUUUUCUAAACUUGUACAAAAAUACUUCCACGAACGUAUAUAUCAUAUAACUUCUUACUAAAAUCCUACCACAACAAAAAGAUCAGAAUGUAUUUAUUUAAUGUACCUUAAAGUACAGGUGUACCAGUAUCAUUUUAUGUAAUAAAAUUUUUUUAUAAAUCA